GGACACGGAGCAUCUAAAUCGAGCUUUGACGACACCGUUCAGCGGGCAAUGACACCUUUAUAUCGCCGCGAAGGAAUUUUUGGCGAAAAAUCCUGGAUUUAAUCGGCGUUCGUCGGCCACAAAACCCUCGUAUAUCUAAUUUCCCCUUCAGAGCGGCGCUUGCGUCCGUAUUUCGCUCCGAGCGGUUAUUGUUUACCGGACGCUUUUGGAGGACAGACAGCGCCGAGGAGACUUUUUGCAAAAAGAUCUCAUUUUUAUGCAACCGUGCAUUUUUACACGGAGCCAGACGAUUUUUGCACGGGAAAAAAAUUGACGUCAGAAAAUGGAUCGCGUGCCGUUGCAAAAUUAACGACUUUCGCGCGCGAGGACUCCUGUGGAUAUUUUAUUUGGGAUUUAACGUUGAAUUCGCGUUUUCUCUCGGUAAUAUAACGAUGAUAAUGUGGGUGUUGGGUGUUGGAUUAUCAUGGGGUGAAUGGUGGUGGCGACGCGGGGCGCUGUUGCUGCUUUUUUGAGAAAAUCCUCCGCCGAGCCGCUCCACACUCCCCACGUCUUUCAAAAAGUAAGGUAACCUGUGUUUUUCUGACGAAAGGAUCCUUCACUUUCAAUUUUCCUCCACGACAUUCGGCCAGAAGCUAAUUUUAAUCGCAAUGGCUGAGAAUGUGCUGGAAAGUGGCCCUCCGAGCGCGAAGCGAGCGAAGCUGACGGCACCUGCUCCGGACGCUUCAGAGUUGGGUUCACUUUCCUGGGAUGACCUGGAGAACGAUCUUCCAGAUGAGCUGAUACCUAAUGGAGACCUGGGGAUGAUGUCCAUGUCCUCUAACGGCGGUGCUACAGGUACAGGCGGUCAUGGCCCCAUGGUCCCCGAUGCUGCUGCCAAGCACAAGCAGCUCUCCGAGCUCUUACGGCCGGGAAGCAGCGCUGGGUUGAACUCGGCCAGUCCGCAGCCCGGCGGCAUCGGACCUCAGCUGGGUGGGCUUGGAAAGAGUCCCCUGGGCCAGGGCUCCCCUUCCCACCCCUCUCAAACACAGAAAUCAGGUGGCACUCCCGGGAUGCAGGGCAAUAACGCCGGCUCAGCUGGCAUGGGACUCGGCACGGGAUUUAACCAGGCCAUGCUGAACAGCGGCAUGAAUGGACAGAACGCGGCCGGACAGCCAGGUCAGGUGAUCAAUGGGACUCUCGGCUCUGUAGGCCGCGGUCGAGGAGCACCGGGGAUGCAGUACCAGGGUGCCGGCAUGCAGGUGACACCUUCUGUAGGGGCGGGAGGAGCAGCGGGGGCUGCAGCAACAGGAGGAGUGGGGAGUGUCCUGGCAGAAACGCUCACACAGGGGGCGCAGCAGAUGGGCAUCAACACCCAGCAAGCCGGAAAUAUCAACAAGAUGGGCAUGGCAGGUGGCAACAGUCCAUUCGGUCAGUACCAGGGUGGAGGGCAACAAAUGGGCACGGCUGGUGUGAACGCUCAGAAUAAAGGCACCCUUCCCAACAGCCUGCCCCAGUUUCCAACUGACCUAAAGGGAGCGAUGGUCACCAGCGUGCCAAACAUGCCCCAGCAGCAGCAGCAGGUGUCGGUAGGGAUGGUGGCAGGUCAGGGUGUGUCCGCGGGCCCCACAGCCGACCCGGAGAAGCGCAAGCUGAUCCAGCAGCAGCUGGUUCUGCUGCUCCACGCCCACAAGUGCCAGCGGCGCGAGCAGGCCAACGGCGAGGUGCGAGCCUGUGCACUGCCCCACUGCAAGACAAUGAAGAACGUCCUCAACCACAUGACGCACUGCCAGGCCGGCAAAUCCUGCCAAGUGGCUCACUGUGCUUCAUCGAGACAGAUCAUCUCGCACUGGAAGAACUGCACGAGGCACGACUGUCCCGUCUGCCUCCCGCUGAAGAACGCCAGUGACAAACGCAACCAGCAACCAAUGCUGAGUCCCCCCAAUGCUGGUCUGCAGAGCCCUAUCGGGACGGUCGGUACGGGGCAGCAGACGGCGCCCGCUCUGCCCAGCUCCACGCCCAUCGACCCCAGCUCCAUGCAGCGGGCCUACGCUGCCCUCGGCCUCCCCUACAGCAGCCAGACCCCCACACAGACACAGGGCCCCGGGCAGAUGACUGCACAGAUGCCGCAAAUGAGAUCCAUCAACACGCUCGGGGGAGGUCAGAUGAACUCAAUCGGCGUACCGACAUCAGAACAGGCUAAGCUGCUCUCAGAUGGCACCAUGCCAUCAACCCUUAACCCUAACAAUCAGCUGAUGCCGGAUGGCCCUAUGGUAGGCAGCAUGGGUAACCUACCCACAGCGGCCCCUCUGUCAGCCACCGGUGUGAGGAAAGCCUGGCACGAGCACGUCACUCAGGACCUGCGCAACCACCUUGUACACAAACUGGUUCAGGCCAUCUUCCCUACGCCAGACCCGGCCGCCCUGAAGGACCGUCGCAUGGAGAACCUGGUGGCAUAUGCACGAAAAGUGGAAGGGGAUAUGUACGAGUCGGCCAAUAGUAGGGACGAGUACUAUCACUUUCUGGCAGAGAAGAUCUAUAAGAUCCAGAAGGAGCUGGAGGAGAAGAGAAGAUCCCGAUUACAAAAGCAGAUUAUCAACCAGACGCCCAUGACUGCAGCGGGACAACAGCCACCGGCCCUCAACCAGCCUAAUGUCAUGGGACCUCGGCCACAGAGGAUGAAUCCAUUCUGCGCAUUGCCCAAUGUGCCGAUGUCUCAGGCUCCCAUGGCAACACGUGCCGCUUCUCCGAUAAACCAUCAACAGAUCAAUAUGAACCAAGUCCCGACGAUGAAUAUGUCUCCCACGCGAAUGCCCCCCACUCAAAGCAUGCUGGGAGCUCACGGCGGGAAAAUGGUGGCACAGACGGCCAACCAGACGCAGUUCAUGGCUCAACCGCAGUUCCCCACCAAUACCAACGCCAUGAAUGUCAACAUGGGCCAGCCCAAUACGCAGGCGGCCGUUUCACAGCAGCAGCCGAACGCUAACCUCUCCCUGAAUGCACUUGGCCCCUUGGGCCCCCCGCUAGGCUGCCCCGCACCCCCUCAGGCUCCACUCCGCGCCACACCACCCCCCAACGCCACCGCCAGCACCACUAACCUGCCAGCAGCACUGCAGCCCAGUCAGGCCUCCACACCCACCCCCGCCCCUGCUCAGGGCACCCCACCUCACAUGCAGCCCCAGACGGAGCUGCCCCUCCCUGCCCAGCAGCACCCUGGAACACCGAGCGGUGAAAACCGUGUGCCCACUCCAGCAUCGGCAGCCAGCGCCGAGCUGCACUCCCAGCAUGCCGUGCCUGAUGUACCGCCCAGCAACACUAAAACAGAAGAGCAAGAAUACGACAUAUGCAUCAAAACGGAGCCCAAGAUGGAGACGGAGGACGACACAGGCUCCCUACUGGUCAAAAAGGAGGAGCCAGAGGGGUUGGAGGCUAAGCAGGAGCCAAUGGAGACUGAGGACAAGAAGACAGACUUAAAGAUGGAGACCAAAGAGGAAGAUGAAAGCAAGACGAACGGUACAGCGACUUCACCAUCUCAGUCACGCAGGAAAAUCUUUAAGCCAGAAGAGUUGCGGCAGGCAUUGAUGCCCACUCUGGAGUCUCUGUACAGGCAAGAUCCAGAGUCUCUGCCCUUCCGGCAGCCUGUGGACCCCAUACUUCUUGGCAUCCCUGACUACUUUGAUAUCGUGAAGAACCCCAUGGACCUGUCCACUAUCAAGCGCAAACUGGACACGGGUCAGUAUCAGGAGCCGUGGCAGUACGUAGAUGACGUGUGGCUGAUGUUCAACAACGCGUGGUUGUACAACAGGAAGACGUCACGUGUGUACAAGUACUGCUCCAAACUGGCUGAGGUGUUCGAGCAGGAGAUCGACCCCGUCAUGCAGAGCCUCGGUUACUGCUGCGGAAGGAAGUACGAGUUUUCUCCUCAGACACUGUGCUGUUACGGCAAGCAAUUAUGUACAAUACCCCGAGACGGCACUUAUUACAGUUAUCAGAACAGGUAUCAUUUCUGUGAGAAGUGCUUCAAUGAGAUUCAGGGAGACAGUGUGACACUAGGAGAUGAUCCUGCUCAGCCCCAGACCAUGAUCUCUAAAGACCAGUUUGAAAGGAAGAAGAAUGACACGUUAGAUCCUGAGCCGUUUGUUGAAUGUAAAGAUUGCUGGCGGAAGAUGCAUCAGAUAUGUGUCCUGCAUUAUGAGGCCAUCUGGCCUUUAGGUUUUAUCUGUGAUAACUGUUUGAAAAAGAGCGGGAAGACGAGAAAAGAGAACAAGUUUUCGGCAAAAAGGUUGCAGGUGACGCGGUUAGGCACGUACAUAGAGGAUCGGGUGAACAAGUACUUGAAGAGGCAGAACCAUCCGGAAGCUGGAGAGGUGUUCGUGCGAAUUGUAGCCAGUUCAGAUAAAAUGGUGGAGGUCAAACCUGGCAUGAAGGCCAGGUUUGUAGACACAGGAGAGAUGCCUGAGAGCUUCCCCUACAGAACCAAAGCACUUUUCGCCUUUGAGGAAAUUGACGGAGUGGACGUGUGUUUCUUCGGCAUGCACGUGCAAGAGUACGGCUCUGAUUGUCCUUUCCCUAAUACCAGACGGGUAUACAUAUCGUAUCUCGAUAGUAUUCACUUCUUCAGACCUCGCAUGCUGAGAACAGCAGUCUAUCAUGAAAUCCUCAUCGGCUAUUUGGAAUACGUCAAGAAGCUUGGAUACGUUACAGCACACAUCUGGGCAUGUCCACCUAGUGAAGGCGAUGACUAUAUCUUCCACUGUCACCCUGCCGACCAGAAAAUCCCAAAACCCAAGCGCCUGCAGGAGUGGUACCGCAAAAUGCUGGACAAGGCCUUUGCUGAGCGGAUUCUGCAUGACUACAAGGACAUCUUUAAGCAAGCCACUGAGGACCGUUUGACGAGUGCAAACGAGCUUUCAUAUUUUGAGGGUGAUUUUUGGCCCAAUGUGUUGGAGGAGAGCAUUAAGGAGUUGGAGCAAGAGGAAGAGGAGAGGAAAAAAGAAGAAAACACGGCAGCUUGUGAAACUCCUGAGGGUACGCCAGGGGACAGUAAGAACGCAAAGAAGAAGAACAACAAGAAAACAAAUAAGAAUAAAAGCAGCAUGUGCCGAGCUAAUAAAAAGAAACCUGGGAUGCCGAAUGUAGCCAAUGAUCUUUCUCAGAAACUCUACGCCACAAUGGAGAAACACAAAGAGGUGUUUUUUGUAAUCCAUCUGCACUCUGGGCCCAUGGUCAAUUCAUUACUACCCAUCGUUGACCCCGAUCCCUUUCUGAACUGCGACCUAAUGGAUGGAAGGGACGCCUUCUUGACAUUAGCACGGGAUAAGCACUGGGAGUUCAGCUCUUUGCGCCGCUGCAAGUGGAGCACCAUGUGCAUGCUGGUGGAAUUGCACAACCAGGGCCAUGACCGCUUUGUCUACACUUGCAACGAAUGUAAACACCAUGUCGAGACACGUUGGCACUGUACUGUCUGCGAGGACUUUGACCUGUGCAUUAGUUGCUAUAACACUAAUGGCCAUGAGCACCAGAUGGUUAAGUGGGGUCUGGGUCUGGACGAUGAUAACAGUCAAAGCGGCGAGGCCUCCAAGAGUCCUCAGGAGAGUCGGCGUCUAAGCAUCCAGCGUUGCAUCCAGUCUCUGGUGCAUGCCUGCCAGUGCCGCAAUGCCAACUGCUCUCUGCCAUCUUGCCAGAAGAUGAAGCGUGUGGUGCAGCACACCAAGGGCUGCAAACGCAAGACAAACGGUGGCUGUCCGGUGUGCAAGCAGCUCAUUGCGCUCUGCUGCUAUCAUGCCAAGCACUGUCAGGAGAACAAGUGCCCCGUGCCCUUCUGCCUCAAUAUAAAGCACAAACUGCGUCAGCAGCAGCUGCAGCACAGGCUCCAGCAGGCACAGAUGAUGCGGAGACGCAUGGCUACUAUGCAGGGCCGAGCCAUGCCUCAGAGCCUACCAUCACCGCCUGCAUCAAUAGCCCCCAGCACGCCCACCUCGCAUCAGCAACCCAACACCCCUCAAACACCACAACCGCUGUCCAACAAACCAACGACUCCCAAUGCAGGUGUCGUGUCCCCGGCCUAUCCCAAUGCGCCCCGCAAUGGACAACCCCCUCCUCAAGCUUCACAGGGCAAACCUGGCCCACAAGCUUCCCCGCUUCACCAGCAGCAGUCUCCGCUCCCGCAACCUCCCCAGCAGCAGCAGCCGCCGCAACAACCGCCUCAGCAACAGCCUCCGCCUAUGGCGGUCAAAAUGGCACGGCACAUAGAAAUGGUCGCCCAGGCUCAACACCAACAGAACUAUCGCAUGACCAUGAAUGGCCUUCCUAUGAACCACCAGCAGCCACGCAUGCCAGGCCCAAUGCAGCAUGUCGGGCCACACGGACAACAGGUCAUGCCGUCAAUGCCACAAGGACAGUGGAGUGGAGGCCCUCAGCCAGGCAUGCAAGCGGCUCAGCAGCAGGUUGCUCCGCAACAGACCGCACCGGGCGCUCCGCAGACCAUGCCUAUGCAGAGACCCCCAAUGCCCCAGCAAGCUGCACAGCCACGCAUGAUGGUGCCCACACAGGGUCCACGACCGCAGGCACCCCAGAGACCCGGAGCCAUCGCCCCCAAUGCCUUGCAAGACCUGCUACGAACCCUCAAGUCGCCCAGCUCGCCCCAGCAACAGCAGCAGGUGUUGAACAUCCUCAAAUCGAACCCGCAACUCAUGGCCGCCUUUAUCAAACAGAGGACUGCGAAGUACCACGCCAACCAGCCGCAGCAGCAACAAGCGCAACACGGCAUGCAUGCAGCGCAGCCAGCGAUGCAGAACAUGGCAGCCAUACAGGCAGUGCCGCGACCUGGCAUGGCGCCGCAGCAGCAACCGCAACAGCCCGCACCACAAGGCAUGGCAGCUCUUGGAGCGCAGAGUCAGCUCAUGAACCCUGCGCACGCCAACAACCCGCAGCUGCAGGAGUUGUACCGCCGUCAGCUUUUGCGGCAGCAGCAGCAGCAACAACAGCAGCAGCCGGGAGUGAUGCCGCAGGCACAUGGCCAGUUCCCGCAGACACAAGGGACUGCUACCAACUACACGCAACUCCGGAUGCAGCAGCAGCAACAGUUGGCCAUGCAGGGAACAGGCGGACCCAUGGGCCAGCUGCCCCCUAUGGCCCAGAUGGGGAAGGGAGGGAUGGGAAUGGACGGCACAUCCAAUCUCCUGCACCAACGCAUGCUGCAGCAGCAGCAGGUUCCGCAACAGCAGGUCGUCCUCAAGCCUCCAAUGGGCUCACCAGCACAACCAAGUCCAAUGAGCCCACAAACUCACCUGCUUUCCGGCCAGCCGCAAGGCGCACACCUUCCCGGCCAACCCAUGGCUAAUGCACUCAGUAAUCAGGUGUGCUCGCCGGCCCCUGUACAGUCGCCCAGACCUCCGUCGCGGCAGCUUCCGCCACAUUCCAGUCCUUCCCCACAGGUUCAGCCACAGCCAUCGCCGCAGCACGCGCCGCCCCACACAGGAUCACCACACCCUGGUCUGACUAUGCCCAUGCCUGGUUCCAUGGAGCAGGCACACCUGGGCACACCAGAGCGGAGUGCCAUGCUCCCGCAACUUAAUACGCCCAACCGCGGAGGGCUGCCCAGUGACUUAAGUAUGGUGGGAGACACAACAGGAGACACGCUGGAGAAAUUUGUGGAGGGAUUGUAGCGUUUACUGGGAGACUCCACCCACCACAGUCUCCCCGUUCCUCUUUUUUGUGGCUCUGUUGGUUUUUCUCUAAUAUUCUCAAAUUUUUUUGUACUGACAUGUAAAGUUUGAAGAAAUGUAUGGGGGGAAAAAAAAGUUAUGUCUACAAGGAAUAGGAAAUGUUGAUGUUUCCUAAAAACAAAAAACUGAUUUCUUCCUUUUAAGAGGGAUUUGAAAAUUGUUGUUUAAAAGAAAUAUAAAUCACAAAGAAUAUAUUUUUUGUUCAGUUUAGACCUAUGUGUGGUAAAUGUUUUGUUUUAAAUUGUCGUUUUGGUUUUGUUUCGGGGGAGGGUGGUCUGGUUUCAUGCCUUUUCUUUUUUUUUAAGAAAAUACGAAACUUCAUUAUAUUAUUCAUACCUUUUGAUUUAUACCUUAUCUAACUUUGCAGCAUUUCUGUGUUGGAAGACUGUAAAAUAAUUUGUCUGGGAGUUUGGGUCAGGGUUUCUCUGCUCUGUCUGUCAUCCUUCCUGGCGAUUGCAUUCUAGUGUUGUACCAUUUUUUCAGACAUGCAUUCGGAGGCAUUUCCUCCCUUUCUCAUUGUGAAGUUUGUAUGUAUGAGGAGAACUGUUUGUUUGUAUUGAUAGGAACUGUGCAUACGCAUGUAUGCAGACACGCAAAGACAGACACACGUAAGCAUCACUCAGACAAUGCAACACCAAGAGGCCAUGUACACAUUUACAACAUCUCACUGGCCUGGAUCCAGAGGUUCUGUCUUGCAGAUGUGGAAUAUUGUUGCUUUUUGUCCUAAUUUUGUCAGAUAUAUAAAUAUAAAGAGAGCUAGAGAGAAAGAGGGAGAGAGUGGGGCCCCUAAGCUGAGCGGGAGGGAAUAGGCGAUCACUGGUUGACUGCUAGUUGGAAACACAGAAUGGAUUCUGAUAUUGACCCUCAUUUAUCACACAAACUUGAACAGGGGCUCUGCUUAUUCCCUUAAUGUAAAUCAUGCAACUUAUUAAGCAAAAUACUUUAUAAGGAAGAGAGAAUGGAAUCACUGUAUAAACUGGUUGAAAAAAACGUAUUUCUUACUUGUAUACCAUAUUGUUAAAUAAACUGUGUGCAA